CGAUAGGCAAAUGCGAUUUGAAGUUACUAAGUCACUUUUACAUAGUUCUUCAAUUAGUAACUGACUGAGUUAUUGUAAUGGAUUUACGGCUGUCAUAUUUAUUUUUUAUACAUUUGGCCUAUGCAGUCCAAAAACUCUCGCUUAACCAAAGCACAUUUCCUCCAAACUUUAUGAUUGGCGCUUCAACCUCUGCGUAUCAAACGGAAGGUGCAUGGAAUGUUGAUGGGAGAGGUGAAAGUGUAUGGGAUUUUUUACUUCACACACUCCCAAAACCAGAAACAGCCUACACCAAUGGUGAUGUGGCAGCUAACUCCUAUUAUCUCUGGCAGAGAGAUGUCGAGAUUGCAAAGGAAAUGGGACUCGAUUUUUAUAGGUUUUCCAUAUCCUGGUCACGAAUUCUGCCUGACGGAUUCAUUUACAAGAUAAAUGAGAAAGGUGUACAAUAUUACAAUAAUUUGAUAAACGGACUGCUGGCUGAAGGAAUCGAACCUGUCGUCACAAUGUAUCACUUAGACCUACCCCAUAAAUUACAAAUACUUGGUGGUUGGACUCAUCCUAACAUAGUGAACUGGUUUCUGGAUUAUGCAAAACUUCUCUUCUCGUUGUACGCCGACAGAGUGAAGUAUUGGCUCACAUUAAAUGAACCGCAAAUCUUCUGCGACGCAUUCUAUUUCACGGAUUACAGCCCAUCUCUAGGGGCUGAGCUAGUUUUCGCGUCCCACUAUUGCACAAAACAUGCUUUGUUGGCCCAUGCGAUGGCGUACAGAUUUUAUCAAAACGCAUAUAAGCAAAAGUAUAAUGGAUUGAUAUCAUAUUCUACUGUGUUCCUAUGGAGUGAACCUGAGAAUUCAACGGAUCCUUUGGAUACAAUAGAAGUAGAAAUGUUCCAUCAAUUUGUUGUUGGUCGCACUUUGCAUCCGAUAUUUUCUUCAGAAGGAGGAUGGCCACCGUUAGCACAUGUAUACAGCAAGAGAAUAGGUUUGUCUCAGGGCUUCAAUGGGUCCUCUUUGCCACUCUUUACGGAAUCAGAGAAGCGCUUAGUGAAAGGUACCGCCGAUUUCAUAGCCCUGAAUUACUAUUCAGGGUUUAAGAUAAAAGCAGUUUCAUAUACUGAUGCCACUACAGUCAUUCAUAAGAAAAUUACUCAUGACUUAGACGGAGCUUACUUGACGCCUGGACUUGAUCAUAAUACAUAUCCCCCCGGUCUCCGAAAAACAGCUGCGUGGAUGAAGAAACAAUACGGUAGUUGGGAUAUUCUCGUUACUGAGAAUGGAUAUGGAGACAUCGAUAGAACCCUCACAGAUGAUACUAGAAUCAAGGUUAUAAAAGAGACUCUCGAACAGGUUCUACUCUCAAUGUACGAGGACGACAUAAACUACAUUGGAUACAGCUAUUGGUCCAUGAUUGACGGGUUUUCAUUCAAAAAUGGAUAUAACAUAACGUUUGGUCUUUGGGACGUAGACUUCAACGAUCCGGAACGACCGCGGACAGCCCGGGACUCCGCACGAUACUUCACAUGCAUCACAAAGAAUAGACAACUGGAGCCUUGUGACUAUUUAGUUAAAGAAUUAUAAACUUUGUUCUAUUUAACUUAUGGCUGCUAUUCCAAGAAAUCGCCAAAAUAGCGCAUGAUUAAAACCAUUUCUUAACGAUUUAUAUAUAUAUAUUUACAAUUAUAUGUCUACAGAGAAGAAAAUUAUAUUUCUCUUUACAUUACGCACAUUUCUGUCUGUAAAUAAUAAUAAUAUGUUAGUUGAUAUUCAUACAAACUAUUUCUUCGUUAUAUUGUAUCUAUUAUUGUUAGUAAUCUUCUUAAAAUCCUUGUUAAAUUUGUAGGUCGAACUGUAUUUUGUAUUUAAAUUAAUGUCUUGCAAUGAGAGUGGUGUAUGCACCAGUAACUGGCAUUCAUACCAGAUUAUAAACCUAUAAGACCAUAAUUAUUUUUAAUGUUAUGUAUGUUAUGCUGUUGGUGUGUCAAUAAAUAAAUAAAUAAAUACAUUUCUUCUUCAUCUUUAAUAGACAUUGCGAAAAAUAUAACCUACUUUUACAGUUAGAGCCAUGUUAAUCAUUUAAUCUACAUAAAAUUACUUACUGUUUAUCAAUACGAUUUAUCAUGACAUUAUUAUUUUUUUAAUGAAAAUUGUAUUAUGUUUGUCAUAAACUAAAAAUGCUUCUCAUUCUGAAUUAAAACUAUGAUCUUGUACGAGAGAGGUAACCUAGCUCUGCUCGAUUCCUCAAGGCCGUUUGGCUCGGUCCCCAACCUAAUUCUUAUACAGAACAGAACUUCUUAAUAAGUGCGCGUAGUCACUAAAUAUUCAUUCUUAUUACCUCAGAGUAGUAUGUAAGGAAUACAGCUAUCGUAAUCUUUUGAAGGUGAAGAAUAAAUUUAUUUAAAUCUUUCUUUUUACAUAUUA